UAUCCUGGUUCACGAUGCAACAUCACUGAUAAAUGUCAGCUGAAUUCGAAAUGCUUAAACGGUUCUUGUGUAUGUCCUGAGCAAUUUGAUACCAGUGCCAGUGGUUUCUGUACGAAUGCUACAUCAAAAACCAUCAAGAAAGGUCUGGCUGGAUCGCACUGCUCAGCGAAUUCAUCGUGUGCCUCUAGCACACUUUUGUGUUCUUCAUCAGAGCAUUGUAUUUGUUCUGAUGGCUUCAUCGGUGAUGGACACGGCGAUUGCUCGAAAAUUGCAAAACCGUUUGCUCGGUCUAGUUCUUUACCACAGUUCACGGAAGUGUUACCUGGUGAGUCGUGCAUGAACGGUGAGAAAUGCAUUGGUGGUUCAAUGUGUGUGUUUGGUAAGUGUGCGUGUAGGUCGGGUAUAGCAAGAAGAGGUUUGAUGUGUCAUUCUGAAAUACAUCCAUUCAAACGUUCUUUGUCAGACCAACAUUCGAACAGAAUACAUCGAUUCAAUGGCGUCAGAUCACAUCAGCGUCACACAAUGAUCACAGCAUGUCCAUCAGAUGGCUCAUGUCAACUGCCUGAUUGCUACUGCUCAAGGACAGGAAUGGAGAUUCCAGGUGGUUAUAAUGCAUCUGAAAUACCGCAGAUGGUUGUACUUACAUUUGAAGGCGCUGUCACAGAUCGCAUAAUUCAAAUGUACAAAUCGCUUUUCACUGGCCGCUUUAGAAACCCAAAUGGAUGCCCAAUUCAGGCAACAUUCUUUAUAACCCAUGAGUGGAACAACUACGAUCAAUCGCAGUGGUUGAUGAGCACUGGACAUGAAAUUGGUGUUUCGUCUAUGACAGGUGAUGUACUAAACCAAACAUCGAAGCAGCGAUGGCAUGCUGAAAUGAAUGGUAUGCGUGAGGCAUUAGGAUUGUUCAGUUAUGUUCCGGUUAAUGAAAUUAUCGGUUUACGUGCACCACGGCAUCAGCUCGGAGGUGAUAAUCAGUUUUCGACAAUGUUAUCGUCCGAUUUCAAAUACGACAGUACAACAAGUUUUUCGGGUGGUCCGUAUUGGCCUCAAACGCUCGAUUAUAAAUUAGCCUGGGAGUGUUCAGAAAAUGGAUGCCCUCAAAAACCAUAUCCUGGCUUAUGGGAACUUCCAAUUAGUCCAUUAAAGAGACUAGAUUCUCGUGAUGAAUCCACAACGGUUAAAGAUAUGGUAAAAAGCGGUGACUCACCGAAUGAUAUAGCCACCAUGUUGGAGAAGAAUUUUCGGCGUCAUUACUACAAUAAUCGUGCACCGUUUGUUAUCGCGAUCGACUCGGAUUAUUUAACUUCGCUUCAAGAUAAUGGUGCUCUCAAGGCCCUUGAGAUAUUCAUUGAACAGGUGCAUAGGAUAAACUCAUAA